GGCGCGGGUCAUGCUGCGGGGCGCGCUGCUCUACGCGCUGCUGGGGCUCGUGCGCGCUCAGCCCUUCCCCUGCCCCGCGGCCUGUGUGUGCCCCUUCCGCGACGCGGCGCAGUGCUCGCGGGGCAGCGUGGCGAGCAUCCCCGCGCUGCACCUGCCCACCAACCUCACGCACCUCGUGCUCUACCGCCUGAGCCCGGGCGUCCUGCACAGCCACAGCUUCCGCGGCAUGACGGUGCUGCAGCGCAUGAUCCUGUCCGACAGCCCCAUCGCCAGCAUCGCCCCCGGCACCUUCGACGACCUCCGCAAACUCAAGACCCUGCGCCUGUCGCGCGACGGGCUCACGCAGCUGCCGCGCGCGCUCCUGGACCCGCUGGUGCUCCUGGAGCAGCUGUACCUGGACCUCAACCAGCUGCAGAGCCUCCACCAAGACGCGUUCGGGAAGCUGGUGAACCUGCGCGAGCUCUUUCUGAACAACAAUCGACUCACGUCCCUUCCCGAGAAGCUCUUCGCGCGUCUGGGCAACCUGCGCUCCUUGGAUCUGUCCCGGAACGGCCUGACGCACCUGCCCGCGGGGCUCUUCGGGGCGCUGCUUCAGCUCGAGAGGCUGGUGCUCCACUCCAACCAGCUGCUCUCCCUGGAGGCCGGGCAGUUCCAGAGGCUGCACCUCCUGCGGGGACUGUACCUCCACGGCAACCGCCUCGGGGCCGUGCCUCCCGGCGCCUUCCACCAGCUCGGCAGCCUGCGCAACCUCACGCUGGGGAGGAACCAGCUGGAGUCCCUGCCGGCCGGGCUCUUCUUGCACACGCGCAGCCUGACGUGCCUGGGCCUGUCCGACAACCCGCUGCAGGGGCUCCCCGACGUGCUGUUCGGAGACGUGCCGGACCUGCAGGAGCUGUGGCUGAACGGCACGCAGCUGCGCACGCUGCCCGCCGCCGUCUUCCGCGGCCUGCGCGGCCUCCAGCUGCUCGCCCUGCACGCCGGCCGCCUGGCCGAGCUGCCCGCCGGGCUGCUGCGCGGCCUGGACCGCCUGCGCCUGCUGCGGCUGGACCACAACCAGCUGCGCGUCCUGCCCCGCGCGUUGCUCCUGGACCUCAGCAGCCUGGAGGAGCUGCGACUCCAGCACAACCAGCUGCGCGCGCUGCCCGGCGACGCGUUCCGCGCGCUCCCCCGGCUGCAGGAGGUCCUGCUGGGCCACAACCCCUGGCACUGCGACUGUGACCUGUGGCCCUUCCUGGCCUGGCUGCGGCAGCACCCGCACCUCGUGGGCCGAACCGAGCCCCCGCGGUGCCAAAGCCCCGCUCUGAGGGCCGGCCUGGAGCUCGGGGCCCUGUCGGACCUGGACGCGGCCUCCUGUUCCCCGGAUACACCGUCUCCCGAGACGCUCACCCCCAGCGCUGCCGCCCCCGCCACCUCCGCCCGGACCCCCGCGCCCACCUCCGCCCCGACCCCCGCACCCACCUCCGCCCCGACCCCGGUCCCCACCUCCGCCCCAACCCCGGCCCCCACUUCCGCCCCCUCCCCGUCGACCCCGCCUGCUGCGGCCACCAGCACCCCCGCUCCCGGGCUGAACCCUUCGGAACCCUGGGGCUGGGCCCAGCGCGUGGCCACGGGGGAAAGUCAAGGCCAGAGCCUGUUCUUUGCUCUCUAUUUCCUGCUUUGGGUCUCCCAGGCCCUCAUCACCGGGAUCAUUGUGUUUGCUAUGGUCAAAGUGGGCUGCCUCUUCCGAAAACUCCUGCGAGAGAGAGCUCUCAUUUGA